AUGGCGAGAUAUUUCGGUAGACUACCCUUUGGCACCGUCAUCGUGAACCACACCCUCGACAACCCCCAAGGAACCCUCAUCUGCACUGGCGCAAACCAGAAUUCCCUGGCCGGCAACCCGACUCUUCAUGGGGAGAUGGCAGCAAUAAACAACUGCUCCUCAAUCUUUGUCUCCUCGGCUUAUAAUAUGACACCAGCGGAGUCGCUAGCCGCGUUCAAGGACCUGAGCUUGUACACCAACGCCGAAAGCUGCCCCAUGUGCGCUGCUGCUGUGAGGUGGGCGGGGUUUAGGGAGUAUGUUUAUGGGGUGUCUAUCAAAGAGUUGAUUGAGCUGGGAUGGGGACAGUUGGAUAUAGGGAGUGAGGAGGUUAUUGGGAGUGGCGUUGGAAUGAGGGAUAAGGACCCGGAGGUGGUGCUUGGUGGGGUGGGAAGUGAGGAGAGUAAGGUGUUGUUUGGGUGGCAGUUUGCCGGUGGGGAUUGUCCAUCGGGUUGUGAAAGAGGGGAACGGAGCGACGGGUGUUUGCCGGUCGAGUUAGAAUAG